CUUGUUUAUUAGUGGUUAUACUCUUUGGUGUAAGCAUUUUGUUUGAGAGGGGAUUUCACGGACAGUGGAAGUUUAAUCGUUUAAAUUUCUUGGAGUCAUUUAUAUCAAUAAAACUGGAGGUCUUGCAAAAACCGGAGGGCGGCGACAUGUCGGUCGUAGCGCGACGGGACUCCGGAGAUUAUUCAGAUUCCCAGGAAAUCGAGCGAAAUUCGACAAACGAUGGGCCAGAGUCGGACUACGAUUCGGCGGCCAGUGACACCGAACACUCUGAUCAGGACCCUGAGAGUCAGGAGACGGAGAGGCGAGUAGAUGAUGACGAAGACAGGAGUAACCCUCAGUACAUUCCGAAGCGGGGCACAUUCUACGAACAUGACGACCGAACUGCAGCUAGUGGUGAGGAACCAGCAAACACUACAUCAGAGACCUCUUCAGAGAAGAAGGAAGGCUCCCCUCCCGCCGAGCGCCGCAGGCCGCCGCGCAAGUCAGAGGUUAUUGACCGCUGGGCGCACGACAAAUUCAACGAGAACGAACAGGCGCCGAAGUCUCGCGACGAGCUGGUGGCUAUCUACGGCUACGACAUUCGCAAUGAAGACGCUCCACCGCACGCGCGCCGCAACCGCAGAUAUGGUCGCGGACCCAACAAGUAUACUCGGACUUGGGAGGACGAGGAGGCGUACAGACGCGCGCAAGCCGCGCCGCCGCGCAAGCCGCCCAACCCUGAAGACUUCCCUGACUUGGACACUGCUCACAAACACAGCAGUAGAAGACUCCGCGGCCCCCGUCCGCGCUCCAAGUCUCAACCCACCUCCAACGAGUCUCUCUCCAACGGCUCCGCGUUGCGCCGACACGCCUCCACCAAGACGAAGGCCAGGCCAACGCCUGCCAAGAGCACACCCGCCGCCAAGGUCGACACCAAGCCUAAGGAAACACUGCCCAAGCUGGAAAACCUUACUAUCACCACUACUGUAGUCAAUAACAAUAGCAGUCAGCCAGCACGGAAAGUGAACGCAGUUGCGCAGCAGAGGCCUGUACCCACCGACCAGGGCAAGAAGAAGGCACCGCCACAGCAGCCCGCGGCACCGAAGUCCCCGUCCGCGCCGGCGCCGGCGCCGCAGAAGGCCGCGCCCGCGCCCGCGCAGCCCGCUCCACCCGCGCAGCCCGCCGCAGGCGCGGAGCCUCGCGGUAGUAAGCGGUAUAGUAGCCUACGGCAGCGGCCUCUCGCAGAGACGUACUCGCCACAGCCGUCACAAGGACAACAGCAACAACAACAACCACAACAACAGCCACAGAUGCGGUAUCAUCCAGCAGAGUACGCGGGCAACGCGCCGUCGGCGACCAACCAGCAUCAAGGCAGCCCGGGACCGCAGAUGCAUCCCCAGCAACUCAUACACCCGGUACAUCGGAACGCGGCGCAGGCGCAACACGGCCCCGCGCCGCAGCAUCCGCAGCAACACUCACAACAGGUCCGGCACGUUGGCAUGGUAGAGCCUCAGCAGCUCAUGACGCACGCGCACCACAACAUCCACAAUCUGCCACCGCAGCCACACACUAUGGCAGCAGCCCCCAUACAACAGACGCAAGGCUACGCACCGCCCGCGAUGAUGCCAGCGCAGUACAUGCAGCAAGGCGGAAACGGCGCGGUGUUCGGUGGCGCGGCGAUAUACGCGGCGCCGCCGCCACAGCCCUACCCACACCAGCUUUACCAGCAUCACAACUAUGCGACGUCGGCGGGCGGCGUGACGUACUACUCGGCGGUGGAGCAGGAGCCGCCCGCCGCCGCGCCGCGCGCGCCGCGCCGCCCCACCGCCGCCAUCCCCAUCGUGCCGCCGCAGCCGCCGCCGCAGCCGCAGCCGCAGCCGCAGCGCACCGACAGGCCCGCGAAUUCGUCGGAAAAGGACAACAUAGACAGGAUCGUAGAAAACAUGUUUGUGCGGAAACCCUGGCCCGGCGCGCAGCCCAACACAGAUGGCACAGAAGACACCGAAAGCCGUAGUCAGAAGGCCGAGAGCCGUAAAGAGUCGCAGCCCAGCAGUCUAACGUCCAGCUCCAUCUCCACCGACUCCAAGGACAAGCCCGAGGAACACACUGAUGAGAAGCCAGAGGUGAAGGAGACACCGGAGAGUAUAGACGCCUGACUGGUGCGAGUCAGGCUCUGUGAGUGCUACCAAACGAAAUAUUACAGCGGGAGGUAAACCGACCACCGGCGGUCAUACUUAGCUUAGCGGUCCGCCUGUCCAAUUUAUUAUCUAAUUUUUCGUUCUCAAGCAAAACGUAGGUGGUACCAUAUUGGUGUCCCACCCCAUACUGGUGUCGCCUACAAGCCCAGUCAACGGCAUAUAGGCGUCAUCCAUAUAUUACGUCACAGUGUAA